CGGAUCGCUUCACUGACUUAGGCACUUCCUUGUGUAGAUAACAUUAGGUUUAAGACAUAUUUAAAUUUAAGAUUUUUUUUUUUGGAGGCGGAAGUUAACAAUAAAGGUUAAGUUUUGUAUAAGAUCAAUAUGUGGAUUCCAAUAGUUAAAUUUUAAGUUAUUAUAAUUGUAGACGACUUUGUAUAACAAGUUGGUAUCGUGAAAAGAACUUUUAAACAAAGUGUCGCAUGUAAUUUAGAAACUACAUGUAUGUGUAAUGAACAUUUAACACAGUGGUGGGAAAUAACCGAAUAUUUCCGAAAAGAUUGAAUUGAUGAAAUGUGUUUUAUGACUUAGUAUAUUGUAUAUAUACUAACGGAUAUAAAUCAGCUGUUUGAAAUCAUAAAAUGAAAAUUUGUCGCUAUGCGGGAAAAAUGGAAUCCAAUAAUAACUCUCGCAGAAAACAAAUGUAAUAACAUUAUUCAAUGAUGGAGAAAUGCUUGUCGUGUGUGAUUCUGGGGAUACUAUGCAGUUUGUCGGCUGCUGAUGAAUGCAAACCGAAUAAGGAUAUAACAUUUGUUUCGUGUCCAACCAACUGUUCACAAUCUCCACCAAGAGUUAGUGGUGACGAGGUGUUUUUCAAUUGUUCUAUAGGUGUCAAGAAAGAUGUUGAAAAUUACAAAGAAGAUAAUAAAAUACAGUUUCUUCCCGAAUCCUCCAUCUUUGACGCGCCCACUAUUCACGGUGUGAAGACAUACUGGAAGUAUUUUCAAAACUAUUCUCCAGAACGAAGUUUAAUACUUGACUUCUCUUUACCAAAAGGUGUGAUUAACCCAAAGAAUAAAAAUGACUGGCGAUUGCCUAAAGCUGUAUUCCUAACGUUUGAGGGGCUAGCGAGCAGCCAAGCUGACCAAAUAGAUGAAUUUUAUACUAAAUGCCCAAGGGAGAGAAUUUUCCAGUUCCACAAUUAUGCUACGGACAAUUACUACGACAUGACCACUCCAGCAAAAUCAACCAUACCCUUUAAAUUGGUUAGACAGCGGCGUAUAGAGUUUGACUGUCUUAUAGGACUAACUGGAGUGGAUUAUGCUAUUACUUUACAAACUGCGGAGGGAAAGACGGCAAAAUACUUGACAGCGGUAACAGCAUGGUCCGAGUCUAAGUGGAGUCCUGCCAUAAUGACGUUUUUAAAUGAGACUAGCCACUCGCUUUAUACGGUUGUAGAAAAACCACCACUGGGAAAUAUUAAUGGAUAUAAGGUUAACCUUGUUAAGGCAGGAUAUGGCGUCAUACAGUCAGGAAAAUAUAUAGAGUGGAAGAAAGGAAAUUCAACAAUAUUCACAAAUCUUACGAGAGGACAGUACAUAGUGGAGGUUACUCCUGUAUGUAACCAGACAUGCGGGCCUGGUGAAAAUUUAACAGUAAAGUCGGUCGUUAUUGAUGGGUCAAUGCUGCCAUGGACAGACAAUUAUCCUCAUUAUCUAGAAGACUCCCUUGAACCAAUGAAAGUGGUUGCCAUGAUAGCUGGGUGCAUCAUGGGAGUAACUCUACUGCUGUCAAUAACGUACUGCAUACGCAAACGACCAAAAUGCCAAGAAAGUUCUACAGUACCAAAGGCAUCUGGACUUCUUCUUCAUCCGUUUAGAGAUGAUUGUACAACUGGUGAAAAUGAUGUGGUUUUAAAACUGGAACGGUACGUCAACGAAGCAUUUGAAUGUACAGUCGUUAACUCUGCAAAUGUACUUAGAGAGCACAGUAGCAAUAUUGAUAAUUUACAGAACGGCGUGGACAAAAUUUUGAAGGACAGUUCUUUUGUUCUGGUCUUGUGCAGUAAAAACUGUUAUAAACCUGAUGCGAUUGAUCUUGUAAACGAGUUUUACUCAUGUGUUUUAAAAGCUGCAAUUGAACGAAGAAAUGUUCAUAAUGAUGUAAGAGUCAUAGUUGUAGACUUAACAUUUAAUAGUUAUCAUGAUAUUUCAACUUUACUCUCCAGUAUUAAUGUAUUAUCUGCAAAUAUACCGGUAAUAAAUUUUAUUAAUAAACCAGACAAAGUGUAUUGUAAAAUUCAUGGUCUAGAAAGGUGCCCACCGAACAGGAAUAUACCAGUUGAAAACACAUCUCAGUGGAGUAAUACAUGGACAGAACUGAAAAGGGUCGUUAACCAGGUUAGAAAUAAUUCUGAUAUAGGGCAAAAUGAAUUGAAGCCAUUGUUAUCACGAGACAAUAAUUUCACAGGAAAACCUUGUAAAAUUGAACCCGCUUUAAGAUUAUCUCCGCCUAUAGGAAGUGAUAUCGACAAUCCGUUUCUGAUGUUACAAAAAAUAAAUGCGGAGGCGGAAAAAGAGUCAAUGUUAGGUGAAGAGUUUGAAUUAGAUUAUCGAAGGUCUGGAGAGGCGAAGAGUGACAGCCAUAAACAGUUCAUGUCACAUAAAAAAGUAGCUGAACAAAAUGGCAAUGAAAGAUAUACCAAUCGAACAAACGAUCAAAGAUUAAGGCAGCAAUCUCAUAGAAAGCAACAACCGAGAACUAAAGUUGAAAGAGUUCAAAACCGGCCACAUAUCCAAGAAUUUCAAGCAGAAGUUCACAACUCAACCCCUUUAGAAACCAGCCCUGAUGUAAUUGUACACCAUAAUGAACAACCAAUUUCUUUACCUCCAAACUUUGCACACCACUUCCCUACGAGAUGUGGGAGAGAAGAAAAACAGGAAAUGAACAAAAGACCUGAAAACCAUCAGUGCCUUUUACAGACGGAAAAGCACAGCAAAUUACCCGAUGUCCAUCAACGUGUUCUUGCUUUUCAUGCUGAUGAAUCAGAUUCCGAUAGCUUAAGUGAUGAUAGUUUAAGGAGAAAUAAAGCAGACUUUUAUUCAAGUUCUCAUCCACACGUUUUUGACAAACAUAUUCCGCCACCUACUUUACAUGGCAACCUUAAUCAUCAUCAGCAUCAUCCUGAUCAGUUUCAAAAUAGAGUAACGCAUCACAGAUACCCGGUUCACUCUAAAAUCGGAUUUUAUGAAAGUCAUUUACCAGGUCAACAGAGCAUGUGUAAUCAAGGAGCAUAUUAUGACCAAAGACAUGUAACAGAUCACAGAUUCCCUCGUAUUCACCAUGGAAAACAUUCUGGGCACAGUAUGUAUCAGUAUCAACCCGACGAUUAUAUUUCCUCCGACAAUAUGUAUCCUCAAAAUGCUUCAAUGAGAACUUCUGAUAAUUUACAAAACUAUGACUUUUCCCCACCAGACGAGUACGUCUCAGGUCCAAAACAGCAAGGAUAUUUAGCAACUGCUGAUCAUUUAGACAAUGAUCAUCGAAGUAUGCAUCUCCCAUCUGAUUCAUUUGCAAGAAAUGGUAAUCAAUGUCAUAACUUUCAGUUAAACGCACCACAUUCACAUGGUGUUGAUAGAAACUCUCAUCAGCAUGGUCACCCGACCCACAAUCAUCAUAACAAUCACCGGCAGCAUCGCAAUAGGAAAGAACAAGAGUUUGACGAUGACGACGAUUCAGAUGAUUCGAAUCCACAUCUAAAUGCUCACUGUAAUAGAUCUGAUCAAUUUUUGCCGUCAAAUGUUUAUCAGCAAAGCAUGCAUGAUUCGCAAUGUAGUGAUAAUUCUCAGUCCCCAAGAUUUACUUUCAAAGCAGUUGAUCCUCCAGAUGCAAUGCAUAACCAGUCUGUUGAAUGUGAUGAUACUAAUAAAAUACAUGACUUAUCUGAAAGGAAAGCAAAUGGUCAGCUGCAGAGACUUGGCUCAGUUUCAAGUUUACCAACGAAUCUUAGUGUAGAUAGUUUUCAAAAUUACAACCCAGUUCCCCCAGAAGAUAUUGCUGAUAUAACAACCGAUUCUCAGGAGAUAAUUGAUGGUUUAGAUCAAAUCAAUAAAAAUAAUGUUUAAUAACAAAAUCAGCCGCGCCAUGACAAAACCAACAUAAUGGGUUUGCGACCAGCAUGGCUCCAGAUCAGCCUGCGCAUCCGCGCAGUCUGAUCAGGAUCCAUGCUGUUCGCUAUCACUUUCUCUUCUUGAUAUAGGGUUUGUAAGCGAACAGCAUGCAUCCUAAUCAGACUGCGCGGAUGCGCAGGCUGGUCUUGAUUCAAGCUAGUCGUAAACGCACUAUGUUGGUUUUGUCAUGGCGCGGCUCAAAUCUGAAAAUUUCGGUUACGAUAGAUAACAUGAUACGAACUUCCUUAAAUAUCAAUCUGUUUGAUAUGAACGAUAUGAAUAGAAUACAUCAAACAGACAAAUAUUCAAUUUAUUUUGGCAAAAGGACGUGUGCUUAGUGAGUUUAAUGACAUGUUGCUGUGGAUUAUCUUACUUUAUAUUUUUGUAUUUUGAUAAACGUUAUACAUGUAUACAAAUUUAUCGUGAAACAUUUUAUUACUGCAUUUUUGUAACGUCGCCUUUCAUUGGAUUAUCGUGAUGGUUAUAUAGACAAUAUCAACGGUAACUGUUAAUUUAUGAAGUAAUUUUACUUUUUUUCUAAAAUAAAGUACUUCUGCUGUAUUAUGAAUUUGCUAUAAUUAAGAUGUCUUAUAGACCUAGCGGUUUGGGUUAUAUAAGUUAACAACCGUUUUCACUGUCAAGCAUCUUAUUACCAGUAAUAUACAUGUUUAUAUGAGCCAAUCGUAUCAAUAUUAAAUUAUGCGUGUAUUCUCAUUAAAAAAGCCAUUUUUUCAUCCUUGAAGGUAUUAUAUCAUGUUGCAAUUAAUUGAUUUCGCUUUUCUUUGGUUUCAUUUAUAUAAUAAAAAGCAGUAUCAUAUAUAUGUUAAAAGCAGUUUCAUGGUCAUGAUAAAAUCAGAUUUAUGUACAUGUUUAUUUGAUAAAAGCAGUUUUAUGCAUAUGGUGAAAGUAGUUGUUUGUAUAUUAUAAAACAGUUUAUGCAUAAUGAUCAAAGCAGUUUUAUGUAUAUGAUAAAAGCAGUUAUCUUUGUGAUAAAAUCAGUUAUAUGUUAUAUGAUAAAAGAAGUUUCAUGUAUAUGUUAAAAGCAGUUAUUUAUGUGAUAAAAGCAAUGAUAUUUUGUAUGAAUAAUUAUUCGAGAGCAAUUCGAGCAAUUUUUUUAUUUUUAUUUUAUAGAUAUACAAUUAUAAUGUAUAAAACAGUAUGUCUUUCCUCGUGUUUGAAUUUGAUAGCUUACUAAACCAGAAGAAAUCAAUAGAUCACAUUAAUUUAUUAAAACCAAUUUGUACGUUUGAAAAUUCUAUCAUUUGAAUAUUCUAAUACAUACAUUGAUUGCUUGUUUGGACAGUAUAUUUGAUUUAUCACUUCACGAUCAAAGAGUUUCGCAGUCUUCAUGUGAAAUGUGUAUUUUGUUGCUUUUAUUGCUUCCGAGGUAUCACCACUUUUUUAUAUUUAAAUAAAUACUACAAUACAAAAUGUACUUUGUUUGCUAUUUAUGCAAAUGUUGCGCAUGUUUUGUUUUGAUUAUGACAUUUACAUAUAUAUUUUUGCAUUUCUGUUUAUUUAUGAUAAAAUUUUAUAAAAUUUAAACAGUAUUUACAACGUUGUAGAUGUUUUCAAAAUAAAAAAGGUAA